CAAGGCAUUGAAUUCCAAAAAAAUCCAGAACAGCCUAAAUACGAACGAGUUUUGAUUUCGAUAAAUAUAAUAUUCACCACCCUCUUCACUAUUGAGUGUGUAUUGAAGCUUCUCGCGUUCGGAAUCAAGAAUUACUUCCACGACCCUUGGAAUGUUUUUGACUUCAUAACAGUGGUGGGCAGUAUCAUUGAUGUGUUAGUGAAUGAAUUUGGGGAGUUAUUAUCUCCAAAAGUGGAUGGAGAGAGUACCUACUCUAGCUUCAAUGUGGGGGUGUUCCGUCUGUUCCGAGCGGCCAGGCUAAUCAAACUUCUCCGGCAGGGCUACACCAUACGUCUGCUUCUGUGGACAUUUUUACAGUCUUUCAAAGCCCUGCCCUAUGUGUGCCUACUUAUUCUCAUGCUGUUCUUCAUAUAUGCCAUUAUUGGCAUGCAGGUGUUUGGAAACAUCAAAUUGGACUCUCAUACAGAUCUGAACAGGCACAACAACUUCAGGAACUUCCUAUAUGCUCUCAUGCUUCUGUUUAGAUGUGCCACAGGAGAGAAUUGGCAGGCUAUAAUGAUAGCAUGUCUGUCGGGACAAACUUGUGACCCAGAGUCUAACCUUGAACCACCAAAGACCUGCGGGAGUUCGGCCAUCGCCUAUGUCUACUUUGUUUCCUUCAUGUUUCUUAGUUCUUUUCUUAUGUUGAACUUGUUUGUGGCGGUCAUCAUGGAUAACUUUGACUACCUGACCCGAGACAGCUCGAUCCUUGGCCCCCAUCACCUGGAUGAGUUUGUGAGGGAGUGGGCUGAGAUAGACCCAGGAGCCACGGGGAGAAUCCAUUACCAAGACAUGUACGAAAUGUUAAAGAACAUCGAACCUCCUGUGGGCUUUGGGAAGAAGUGUCCGAUCAAGUUUGCAUACAGGAAGUUGAUCAGAAUGAAUAUGCCUGUUGCUAGUGACAACACCGUCCAUUUCACCACUACAUUAUUUGCUCUCAUCAGAGAAUCCCUCAGCAUCAAAAUGGGUCCUGUUGAAGAAAUGGACAAACUUGACGAUGAGUUGAGAGAACUCAUUCGUAAAAUGUGGCCUGUACAAGCCCGUAAGAAGAAACUCCUCAAUCUGUUGGUGCCACCAAACAGUGAAUUAAAUGAUAAUCACAUGACUGUUGGCAAAAUAUAUGUUGGCUUGAUCAUUGCUGAAAACUGGAGAGCAUACAAGUCAAGCCAGUCCAAAAUGAACAAUCUUAAAAUGGUUGAAGAUAAAGAGGAGAGACCUCAGUCAUUCUUUAAGAGAAUGCUGGGAGUGGUCAAAACUCCCGCCAGGCGCUCAGAUACAAGCCUGAACCACGACUCGGAGCAUUCAGAUGAUGGGGGUUACGGGGACCAAAGUGAUAGGCUCUCUUGGAAUCGGUCCUUCAGCUUCUUAAGGAGGAACAGCAGCAAGAAAAAGAGAGACAAUCAGGAUGCAACCAGUGUCCAGGCACGUCACAAACAAGAUGGACCUUGGUACAUCAACACGACUUUCACAAUGCAUGAUGAAGAUGAUGCAAUAUCCUCCAUAUCAUCACCUGUUAAUCAUAAACGUAGGGUACAUUUCACAGGGCCCAACUACUACCAACCCACAGAGUCAAUGGGCCAGGACUUCUCUUCUGGACUCAAACCAGAGCACGCAGCUGGACACACCAACUUGACUCGUGCAGGGUCUGACUUGUCGCUACGCUCGGGUAACAAGUCCCCCUCCCUCCCCGCCUCACCUAUAUCCCCCCGCUCUCCCAACAUGCCUCGGGCCUUCCACUCCCCAACAUCCUCUCCCCUGGUGGGGCGACGAUCCAUGUCCCCUCGGCGUGGUGGAGAUUACGGAUUCGCUUCAGCGGUCAGCAACAUUGUGGAUCAGGCUCAUUACAUCUCUGAACAAGAGAGACUUAAGAGAUUUGGAAUAGGAACACGCCACGACGACAGUCUGAGUAUGAGUCUACCCAACUCCCCUUCCCAGAGGCUUCACAGUCUGAUUCGCCGCCCACCCCUCAUCUCACAGGAGAAGGUGGUGUGUUCCCCCUCCCCCAGCCCCCAGCCGUUACGCCAUGCCAACAGAGAUAGCACCUUCUACCGGUCAACCUCCCUAGAAACUAGGUCAAGGAGCCCCUCCCCGAACACCACCCCCUCCCAGACCCCAAUGCAUGAGUAUUAUGGCACUUCCAACUUGACGGACAGGUCGCGCAGUCCUAGUCCUGCUUCCACACCACCCAAGAAGCAGUCCAGGAAGCUUCCAAAUGUGCCACUUGUUAAGCCUUCUACUCUUAAUCUUGCUCAACCAAAACUGAAAGAGAACAUGCCUAGAGUGUUGCCUUCCCCAACUAUUCCUAAAUCGGUGAAAUCUCCAGGAAAUAUCAACUUUCCUAAACUGAGUGCAUCCCCCACACACAAACCCAAAAGCAAAAAUAUUCCACCACCCAUCUCCCAUUAUCCCCCACCCCCAGGGAAGUUUGGAAGGCCAGAACCCUACAGCCCCACAGAGAGAAAUAAUCUGAACAAAGUGAGUGCUCCUUCUUCCAGUCAGUCCAAGACUUUACCCCAGGUGGGGAGGCGCUCCAACAACGGUGACCAGUGGAAUCGGGACCGCUCCAACUUCAACAAAUACAGGUCCAGUAGUCACUCUCCGGAUGUCAACAAAAGCUCUAGUGAGAGAACUAAAUUUUUGGCGAGUGAGUUUGAGGAGCCAAGCUCAAGUGCUAGUAGAGGCAGGCAAAGACCUUCUACUUCAGUGCCUAAUGGUAUAAAAGCUCGGAAAAAGAAACCGGAGAAGUUAGAGAUGCGCAGUGAUAGUAACAUUCCAUUAAAUAACGAUUCGGAUGAGUCGGAAUCUGACUGGUGUUAGUUAGUACAAAGUAAAGAGAAUGACUUGAUUCACCAGACAAUCUUGUGAUUUUUGCUUGUUAUCAUUCUGAAUAUUUAGUGAAAUCUGUGCAAUGUUAGUUUGUACAGACACAUGUAUGUGCUUUUGCUACUGUAUGACUGUCAACACAGAUAAAUGAGCAGGAGAAGAUGUCCUUUUUGUAUUUAUAAAACUAUAUAGCUCUUUUUGCAUCAAGAUAGUAAUCAUAGACUGUAUUUAGUAGUAUAUAUAGAUAAUGUUUUCAUUAUUACUGUAUUACUGCAGUUGAAAGCUUGUUAUGUGUAUGCCAGACUUUUUGUUGUUGAAAAAUGAGCUUUUGACCAGUUGAUAUGGUUUAAUGCUAAUACAAGAGCACAGGUCUUUCAUUUUUAUCUUGAUGUGUAAUAAUCUAUCACAGAAGUUGUUUUUAUCCUGCACAUCAUGUUACAGUCAAUCCAUCUCCCACCCUCUCCUUGGUUUACUGAAUUACAGGGUUAUCUGACAUUCUAGUCAUUAAAUAGUUGUAUAUGUGUAAUGUGCACCUACAAGUUUAAUACUGUCAAAUGUUGACAGGAUUACCCCCACCCCCACCCCAGGUUAUUAUAUUACAUUGUAAUAUCAAAUGAAAGCAAGAUUCUUUAUCCAUGUCAUUUGUUAAAAUAUAAAGGCUAUAUAUAGUGUACUCGAAUAAUCCAUGUUAUACAUUGUACGGGUAUGAGAGAUUUUCUUUCAAGUAUUUAGUGGACUGUCAUAUAAAUGAGAUGGGUAUAUAUGUAUUGUAUGUAUAUGUUCAAAAGUUAGCUCACUUAAUACUUCAUUAUUAUAUAACAGAUUGAAUGUUUCAUUGUUUGGGUGUAUUCGAUUCAUUCCAAAGAAUGUUUUGUGAUAUUUGAGUGGAUUUUAUGAGAUUAUAUAAUAAUUUAUUGUGAUAUUCUUACCUGGAGAUUUUUUUAUUGAUUCUUACAUGAGCAACAAGUCCCAGUCAUAUAAACACACCUGUCUCUUUUUCUAAUUGAAUGUUAUCUGUGUUAUGUAAAGUGGAGGGCCUACAGCCGACACUGUAUAUGUAUCACUGCACAACAUCAUUACCCCUAGUAUUUGAUAUUCGCUUACUUACAGUUAACCUUUUUUUACAAGCACAGCAUUACAAGUCUAGUGUGAAAGAUUUCUCAUAAGCUGAGCAGACAUGUUCAUUCAGCAUGAACCAGUACUUCAGCGACUUUGUGAAAUUGAAUUUCAAAGACACUUUUUUUAGUCAUUCACUUUGAAAAUCAAACUCUAUUCUUUGGGAUUGUGCGUAUAAACUGGCAUGCUCAGUCAGCAUAUAUAAAUACUUCAGAGCUCUUGUGAAUUUCAAAGCUGUUUUUAUAGUCAAUCCUUCUGAAAAUCAAACUUUGUUACUUUGGAAAUGUCAUAAUAAACUGAUAGAGAGAAAAAACUUUGAAGUACUUUUGCAUGUAUUCCAUACUUCUGUUCAGUGUGCCAUUGUUAUUCAUGCAUGCAAGUCAUUGAAAGGUUUCAGUCGGAAAAAUGCAUUACAAAAACUUGCCAUCCUAUUGAGUGGAUUAUCUCCUUUCAUCAGUUAUGGCAUGCAUUCUAUAAAGACACAAGGCCCUAGUUACAAUUAUGCCUUUAUGUUUCAUUCCAAAGAUAUGAUAUAGUUAAUGCAUGUUAAUUACAAAAUUUUGUUUUUUAAUAUUUGUUGGAGAAUCAAAUGUAACAUUUUAACCAUUUCAUUGUUAUGUAGUGCGGUAUAAUUCAGUCCUUUAAUAGAUUAUGGUUCAGACUUCUCAAUUUUUUGAAUGCUUCAAAAUAUUUCAGUAUCUAUACAUGUCAAUAAUAAAGAUUAUUGAUGAUAAAAAUAAAAGUGUCGUCUCUUG